AGACGAAGAUGAUAAUAUAGAAUGGAUUAACAGUUCUGGGUUAAUGGCAAGAAUUGACAACUUAUCAAAGGAUAGCAGCUUUGUUUUCCGUGUGUCAGCAUUGUACCCAUAUGAAGCUAAUGAUACAAGAAAUGGAACUGCUUCUGACUGGAGUAACCCAUUGAAUACAUGCACAAAUCCAACAUAUUCGACACUGAAUGUCACAUAUGACUUUGUCAUUACAUCAUCUUCGGAUCACACAGGACCAUCAACUCUUACUACAAAAUUUACCUGGGUGAGACCUAUUAAGGAAGAAAUAAAGUGCGACGAAAUGCUAUCCUACAGGAUUUAUCGAAAUGGAGAGUUUUUCAUGGAUAUACCCGAGGAGAAUAUAGAACUAACGAAUAAAGAUUUUGAGUUUGAAACCCAAUAUAAAGUGGAGCUGUCCAUUGUAAAUAAUGCAGAUCUUGAGGGCCCGAAGAUCUUGGUCUUUGACACAAUGACUCCUGCCGAUAAACCAUCCUCACCUAAAGAUCUUCGUAUGAAUCCAAGUGAUGUGAAAUCAUAUCAUCUUUCAUGGAGUACUCCAGAGUUUACACAUGGCCGACUGCUGAAUUAUCAGGUGACAUGCUACGUAAACGCAACAUACGUUGUUUUAAAACAAACUCUUGCGUCUGUGACUAGAGAGACAUUUGUGAGUAAUCUUGAGUCUGAGACAACGUAUGAAUGUGAAGUUAAAGCAUCCACAAAAGCUGGUUACGGACCUGCUACGAAAGGAUCUUUUCAAACAGGAGGAAAUAAAGAUUACACUAUGCAACCCAAUACAAAACAGCCGGUGGAUGCAAUCAUUGGGGUAGCGAUAGGUUGCGCGCUGUGUAUCCUGUUGUUAAUUGUCGUUAUCGCUGUACUACUCAGGCGAAACAAAAGGAACACAUCAGAAAGUAAAACGGACAAGGACUACCAAAAUAUGGAAUCAUUUCCUACGGAUCGACCUGACCAGAGUAUGGAGUAUGCUGAAAUUGAAAUGAAACCUUCGUUAGAUAUCGGACAAGCAACCGCGGAACCUGAGUAUGAAAAUACUGAUUCAAGGGCAAAUAAACAAAUGGCAGAAAUAAAUGGACAAACAUCGACGUAUUUAGACAAGGAUGACAGUAUUCAAGAUGGCGUGCAAGUUGAUGAUACAGAAAGCCAUGUUUAUGAACAACUAAAAGAAUACCAGAAAUAACAAGACAUAUAUUUUACACGGGUACAAAAUCGCCUGUCAAAACAUAUUUGUUAAGAGAUCUUAUUCGUCUUAAAAAUUCAAUCUCUUUAACCAGCGGGAUCAAGUUUUGGAAUAUACGUAAUAUGGUGUUUGUUUUUAUGAGUGGUAUACACUUAAAGAAUACUUUUUCUUAAGG